AUGUGGUGCAAUCUCAGUAAUUCAUAUGUGGAACUAAAAAAUAAUUUCAAAGUUCCCUUGAGGGCAUUGCAGCACAUGGGGACAAAUUCAACUCACAGAGUAAAGAGGUUGAUGACCCUUGAUAAGGUAGAGAUAAGUGAGUACAACCACUCGACAACUGAAUUUAUCCUCAUAGGAUUCACAGACCAGUCAGAGCUAAAGACCCUUCUGUUUAUGGUCUUCUUUGCCAUCUAUCUCAUCACCAUGGUGGGGAAUCUUGGCUUGGUGGCACUAAUUUAUAUAGAGGGUCGUCUUCACACACCUAUGUAUAUUUUUCUGGGGAAUCUGGCUCUGAUGGAUUCCUGCUGCUCCUGUUCCAUUACCCCAAAGAUGUUAGACAACUUCUUUUCUGAAAACAAAAGGAUUUCUCUGUAUGAAUGCAUGACUCAAUUUUAUUUUCUCUGCCUCGCUGAAACUACCGACUGCUUUCUUCUGGCAGCCAUGGCCUAUGAUCGCUAUGUGGCCAUAUGCAGCAGCCCACUGCAGUACCACACCAUGAUAUCUAAGAAGCUCUGCUUUCAGAUGACAACAGUGGCCUACAUAGCUGGAAAUCUGCAUCCUAUGAUAGAAAUAGGAUUUCUGUUGAGGUUAACAUUCUGUGGGUCUCAUCAAAUGAAUCAUUUUUUCUGUGAUGUUCUUCCAUUAUAUAGACUUUCUUGUGUCGACCCUUAUAUCAAUGAAUUGAUACUGUUCGUUUUGGCAGGGUCAAUUCAAAUCUUUACUAUUACUAUAGUCCUAGUCUCCUAUUUCUACAUCCUAUUCACAAUAUUUACAAUGAAAUCCAAAGAGGGCAGAGGCAAGGCCUUAUCUACUUGUGCAUCUCACUUUCUCUCUGUCUCAAUAUUCUAUGGUUCUCUUCUCUUUAUGUAUGCUCGACCAGGUGCAGUUAAUGAAGGGAAUAAAGAUAUACCUGUUGCUAUAUUUUAUACUUUAGUCAUUCCUUUAUUAAAUCCUUUUAUUUAUAGUCUAAGAAACAAGGAAGUGAUAAAUGUUAUGAAAAAAGUUAUGAAGAAGAGAAAAUUUUGUAACAUUCCGAAACAAGUAUCAUUCCCUCUGGAAAAUUGA